AUGCUUGAACGAUUCUACGACCCGACGACAGGCUCCAUCUCCGUAUCGUCUAUCAACCUUCCCGAUAUCAACCCCCGACUAUACCGGAGAAUCGUGGCCCUGAUCCAGCAGGAACCGACCCUGUUCCAAGGAUCGAUCCGUGAAAAUAUUGCGCUCGGUAUGAGCGACUCGGAAACAGACGCCGAGACCGGAUCGACCAACGUGCCGGAUGCCGCCAUCGAGUCGGCGCUACGAGCAGCCAACGCAUGGGAUUUCGUAUCCUCCCUUCCCGAGGGCGUCGCGACGGCGGCGGGACCCAACGGCACGCAGCUCAGCGGCGGGCAGCGGCAGCGCAUCGCCAUCGCGCGAGCGCUCAUCCGCAACCCCAAGGUGCUGUUGCUGGACGAGGCCACGAGCGCGCUGGACUCAGAGAGCGAGAAGAUUGUGCAAAACGCGCUCGCGGAGGCGGCCAAGGACGGGGACCGCAUCACGUUUGCGGUGGCGCACCGGCUCAGCACGAUCAAGGAUGCGGAUGUGAUUUGCGUGUUUUACGGUGGCCGCAUCACGGAGAUGGGCACGCACGCGGAGUUGGUGGCGCAGGGGGUCUUUAUCGAAAGAUGUGCGAAGCGCAGGCUCUCGACUAAUGGGAAAGGCGGCACAAAAGGAGAGCACGCGAGGCGGGCUACGUUUUGGCUUGUUGGUUAG